AUGUCUGCUCUCAAAGCCCGAAGCUCCCUCGUCACCGCUCUCGCCACCCAAGCCUCCUUCGUCUCCCAAGAACAUAAAUUUUUACUCGAUUUGGCCAAGUACGUCUUCCCUAAGCAGUUCGAGGCUCGGACUCUCGAGGAAGCUCUCAUGUCAGGGUCUCCUCCUUUCAGUUCUAGUGGUAGUAGUGGUGGCGGUGGCGGUCCUGUGAUAUUGGAGCUUCCUGUUUCUCUGGAUAUCCGGCGGGCUGCAGAGAGUGUGGGGUUCUUUUAUGUGGUUAACCAUGGGAUACCCAAGACAGUGUUGGAGGAGAUGCUUGAGGUGACGCGUGGGUUUCAUGAGCUGCCAAGGGAGGUGAAGGCUGAGUACUAUACUAGGGAUCCCAAGAGGAAGGUCAAAUACUUUAGUAGCUUUAAUUUGUACGAGUCAAAGUUUGCUGCUUGGAGGGACAGCUUGUUUUGUGACAUGGCUCCGGAGCCCUUGGAUCCCCAAGAAUUGCCUCUGGUUUGCAAGGAUAUAACUAUGGAGUAUUCUAAUCAAGUACACAACUUAUGGAGUAUUCUAAUCGAGCAGCAGUGA